CUGAUUCUGAUUUCUAGAUUCCCACGUCGUGAUCCUCGAGCUUCGUCUUCCCUUUUUGAUUCCUAUGGUGGAAAUUCCCGUCCUGCUAGUAGGUCACCUGCGCCCGGUGGAUAUGGAUACGGAGGGUACUCUAGUCCGGGGAAUGGAUAUGGAAAUGGGAGUGCAGAUGCGAAUGCUGGUCCUUCAUAUCGCAGUGCGACACCAGAUAAGAAGGGCCACUACUCCGAUGCGGUACUAUCGUCACUUGAGUCACAGAAUGAUUCGGAGGUAGAAGGAAUUACUGCGAAGGUGAAGAUGCUGAAAGAUCUCACUAUGGCUAUCGGCGACGAAAUCAGAGAUACUACGCAUAUGACCGAUCUCGAAAGCUCAUUCGAAAACACCCGAGUUCGACUCCGCGGAAACAUGAAUCGAAUGCUGCGCAUGGCUGAGCGCACGGGUGUCGGUUGGAGAGUUUGGUUUGGGUUCUUCUGUGCUGUAUUCUUCCUGUUCUUUUACGUAUGGGUGUUCUAG